AUGACAACGACGACAACGCCAGUUCCGUCGUCGGCAGUAAAAACACUAUCAACUUCAGUAACGCCACUAGCUACAGUAAAACCACCGUCACCAACACCAACCCCACCACUAACUUCAGUAAAACCAAGUUCAGUAAGCCCACCACUAACUUCAGUAAAACCACCGUCACCAACACCAAGUACAGUAAAACCACCACCAACUUCAGUAACACCACCAUCAACUACAGUAAAACCACCACCACCUCCAGUAACUACAGUAAAUACAGUAAAUACAGUAACAACUUACGUAAAUCCACCACCAGUAAGUGUUAAAAAUACAAUUACAGUUACUUAUCAAUCCGUUCAGCAAACCAUUAGGACUGAGAGUAAAAAUGAGAUGUCUACACAAACAAUUACUAAGAAUGAUUUGCCUACUUCGCAGCAAACUCAAAGUCCUAUUAGAACACCUAAUCCCAUCACAACUGUAAAAGCCACCGCCACUGUAAAAUCCAUCACCACUGUAAAAUCUUCUACAACCACUUUGGCAACUUCCACCACACAAUUAAUUACUGUCACUUUGGAUAAUUCUUCCGUACAAAUAAUUACGACCGUUGUGCCUUUAUCUAAAGUAUUAGUUAUUGAAACGACUGUUGUUGAACCUGCACCUAGUGAAACAGAUACUGGGCUUUUUUAUAGUAGUGGUUCAUUUCUGCUCAUUGAUACGAUUUUUGAAAGGAUAAUAAUGACCUUGAUUUUCUCUUUUGGCUUAAGUUUGAUUUUUGGUCUAUGA